GCUCGAACCUGGCGAGCUGGCAGCGCCGGCUUCUUCCAGGGCUGGAGGAUCGAGGAUGUCCAGCGCCUGGGCGGGAUCAGCAUCUCUAACCGCGUGAGCGGGAUCCCGGAGUGCGUGCUGCCAGAGGUGGACGUCCCGAAGAGCUUCGAUGCUCGUGAGAAGUGGCGGUCUUGCUUUCCGGCCCUCUAUGAGAUGGGCAAUUGCUCGGCGAGCUGGGCCAUCGCUGCGGCAAGUGCUGUGAGCAAGAGGUUCUGCGUUGCGAGUCCAGGAGACUUCACCGCGUUGAGGCUGUCCCCACAGCAGCUUCUGUCGUGUGGGCAAUUUGGAGGUUGUGGAGGUGCAGCUCUUGAUAACGUCUGGGGCUACAUCAAAAAUGAAGGCCUCGUAUCCGAGCAAUGCUGCCCAUAUCAGGCUGCCGGCGGGGUUGCAUGUUCCCCCUGCGAUGAGGAGCCAAAGCGCAUCGCGUCUGUCUGCAGGGUGGGUAGCCUUCGCCAUGAGAUCUUUCUCAAUGGGCCCGUGGUCGCGCCUGUCACGCUCCUGAACGACUUCCUUGUGUAUAGGUCUGGCAUCUACCAGGAAACCCGGACGGCCUCCUACCUCGUAGCCAGGAAUCGACAAAAGCAGCUCCACGCUGUGACCGUUGUCGGUUGGGGCGUUGAGGGCUCGGUGGACUUCUGGAUCAUUGAGAAUUCUUUUGGCAAGGACUGGGGUGAGGGUGGCUACGCCAAGGUGGCAGUUGGAAGUUCCAAGAGAAAGGGCAUCCUCCUGGAUGAGUUUGCCUUUGCUGUCACUCCCGUGAACCCGAAGGUGUCUUUGGGCUGA